GACAAGAACGGACAACAUGUAUUCCGUAGCUGCAUUCAAGCUCCUAAUCUUGGCCUUCGUUGUUGUGACAGAUGUGUCCUGCGCAGUGUGGGGAGAGAGUUCGUUGCACAGCCUGACAUGCACGAUGGAAGAGCGAAUUAGCCAUCCCACCGACUGCACAAAGUACGUCGACUGCAUUCGUGUCGACGGCAAACUCUUCCCCCGCGAAGGUGAAUGUCAUAAAUCUGCCUUCGAUCCUGUUACCAGGAAAUGCGUUAGUUCUAAGAGAAUGACUUGUGAGCCGCCACGCCGACAAGAGCGUGCUUUAUUUGAGGAUAACGCCUUCAGCUCCAUGUGCUCUGAGGGCAAGGAUGGAUUCUUUUGCGCUGACUGCAAGACGCUCAUCAACUGCGUGGACAGACGCGCAUACAAACUGUCCUGCAUCGACGGUGACAUGUGCAUCAACAAGGAGAACUUCGGAGGCGGGGUCUGUUACCCGAAGGAGCCUGCUGAGUGCACCUGCCAAGAGCCAAACACUUUCAAAGAAGACUUUUAUAACAAGCGGAAGUUCUUCUACUGUAACGAUACCUCUUCAGAUCCUGUAUUCUAUGAGUGCGACGAAGGGAGUGAAUUUGACGCCGCAGAGUCUCAGUGCAAGAAUAAGAACGGCUUGCCUCAAUGUCAUCGAUCAGGUAUCUUCGGUGAUACAAACAACUGCACGCAAUAUUACGCUUGUAUCUCAACCAAAAAUGGGUGGGUGCAAAAGGCUUUCAACUGCAACCAAAGUAACCUGAUGUACAAUGAGCUGACAGGUUCCUGUGAGGACCCUUGCACCUGGCAGGUAGGAUCGUUUACUUGCACUAAAGAAGGACGUUACCCCGACCCAAAAGACUGUCAGCGGUACUUCGAGUGCGUGGCAGACAAGAGCGGACUCAAGCAGGUUCGAAGGAGCUGCCCCGAUGAUUACAGCUGGGACCCGACGGCCAGAGGAGGCGUCGGGCACUGCGUUAAGGCGAGCACAAACACCAACUGCACUCUGGCCACCCAAAACAAGUGCAUCAUUCCACACGGUAUGUGCGCUUCAGCUGCAGUUGCGCCUGUGGCCACUCCUGCACCAGAACCUACGUCUACUUCCCCACCGAUUGUAUCAGGAGACUCAAAUGCCGCGCCAACAACCACAGAGCCCGCGACAACCACAGCGCUUCCGAAAGAACAGGCACGUCGUCUUCGCCGUCCGAACCGCCGCUUGAGCAAUUGAUCAGCAGGUGACUCCAUGACCGGAUCUGACGAAAGGCUUCUACACUAGAUGUGCUCUUUGGCUGGCCGUGAUUAAUUCUAAUUGUCUGCUCCGAAAUCAGCAGUUCGUUUAUGUGGGUAAGAAAAUUUGUGGGGCUGAAGGUUUCUGGUACAAAUUCAUAAUGUAUUUCUAAUGUCUUCUUUGUUUUUUUGACUGUGCCUCGUUUUCUCUCUCUCCCAUACCUAUAUGUGUAUGUGCGUGAGUGUGUGUAUAUUGUGUGUGCAUGUGCAUGUAUGCCUCUCUCUCUCUCUCUCUCUCUCUCUCUCUCUCUCUCUCUCUCUCUCUCUCUCUCUCUCUCUCUCUCUCUCUCUCUCUCUCUCUCUCUCUCUCUCUCUCUCUGCCAAUCCCUGUCUCUGUCCCUCUCAAUCAGUCGGUCAAAUAAAUGCAAGUUGGUUUUAACGUA